AUGCCUGAACCUACCAAAUCUGCUCCUGCUGCAAAGAAAGGCUCCAAGAAGGCGGUGACCAAGGCGCAGAAGAAGGAUGGUAAGAAGCGCAAGCGCAGCCGUAAGGAGAGUUACUCUGUCUACGUGUACAAGGUACUGAAGCAGGUCCACCCUGACACCGGCAUCUCGUCCAAGGCUAUGGGCAUCAUGAACUCCUUUGUGAACGACAUCUUUGAGCGCAUCUCGGGUGAAGCGUCUCGCCUGGCACAUUACAACAAGCGCUCGACCAUCACGUCCCGGGAGAUCCAGACCGCCGUGCGCCUGCUGCUGCCGGGGGAGCUGGCCAAGCACGCCGUGUCUGAGGGCACCAAGGCCGUUACCAAGUACACUAGUUCCAAGUAA